GGGACGGGUGUCUCGAGUGCUACACACUUGCCACACAUAUGAAUGAGUGCUCCGGGAGCUGGAAAAACAACAACCUGAAAAAGGUGGGAGGUGCUCGCGACGCAACAGGGCGAUGGAACCGAGUCGCAAACCCGUGGGUGCCGUGGGAUGUUCCCGGUCGGGGUUGACGCAGUGGCCACAAUUUUGACUCGGAGUCUUCUUGUUGAGCGCACCCGUUUGCGCCAAUCACACGCCUCUGCGUAUUUUGCCUGUUUCUGAUUCGGUCUAGCUACCUCAGAAGGCUGCGUUGUUUCGAUUUUAGGCUUGUCAAGCUACCUCUAUCUCCGUCUCAGUACCCAGGAGCCAGGGCAGUGGAGGUCUUGCUGCUUAUGCCCCCAGGUCCCCUCCAGUCGAUCCAGUCAGUCCCCCGUGAAACCAUUUUUUAUCUCGACUUUUUCCUCUUCCCCCUUUCUCUGUUCUUUGCACCUCGUCGCCGGCGUUAACCUUUCCUCCACGAUCAUUGCUUCCAGCGUCAUCUCGGUCCUCCCACUCAUCCGAUUCACAGGAAAUCCCACAACACCGUCAAGAUGUCCGCCGAGUUCACCUACCAGGAUGUUGCCGAGCACAACACCAAGAAGGACCUCUAUGUCGUGAUUCACGACAAGGUGUACGACAUCACCAAGUUCGUCGACGAGCACCCCGGUGGUGAGGAGGUUCUUCUUGACGUCGCUGGCCAGGACUCGACCGAGGCUUUCGAGGAUGUCGGUCACUCUGACGAGGCCCGCGAAGCCCUCGAGCCCCUCCUUGUCGGCACCUUGAAGCGCCAGGCCGGUGACCCCAAGCCCAAGGCUCCCCUUCCCAGUUCUCUUGCUCCCGCUGCUCAGACUGGCACUGCCACCGGUCUCGGCAUUGGCCUCUACGCCGUCCUCGUUCUUGGUGGUCUUGCUGGCUUCGCUGCCUACCAGUACCUCCAGGCCCAGCAGGGCGCCACUGCCCCCAGCGCUUAAACGCACCCAUUCGCAAAUAUUCCGGUUGCUUACUGACCUAUCGGCUGUCGAACCACGCCGUGGGAGGCACGGAGGGUCCGAAGAGACGAGAUACUUUCUCCGUUGCAGACUCCGGGGAAAGGAUCAGGAAAACCUGCCCAAACACACGCGGCCACCAAGAAUCUACGGGAAGCAUUUCAACGACUUUUCAUGAUCAAGAGUCUGCAACGCCUCAACGACGAUCCUUGCGCAACUAUCUUUCUAAGUGAAGCCGAGGCAUCAUCGAGCUCUUUUCUUUACCGGCGGCUAUCCUUUAUCCCAUCUCGACGGACAUGAAACACCAUGAAAUGGAGAUGUGUGUUGAGCGAGCUUGAUUGCUUCUUUCGCUGAGAAGAACAGAUCACUUCACCCUUUAACUAGGUGUUAGGAUAUAUGGGAACAGAGAAGGAUCAUAACGGGAAUGAACAUACAUUGGUCGUUACUACCCAAUUGUAAUAGAGACGGUACAUGAACAUAGCACCGAAAUACCCUUUGAUGCACCUGCUUUGACAUAGUCCACAUUGUCGAACGUCUUUUGUCAGCCAGCGGUUCGUUUACGAACAUAACGUUGCACCCAGAGUUCGUCUGUUGAUAGAAGUUGCAU